AUGGUGUGCGGGGAGCUCGCCAUUGUUCCUCUGCACUCAGAGCUGCAGGUGGCACAGCGAAGCCCGUCACCGUACGAGGCUUUGGCGCAUUCUGGGGUCUGCCCAACCUGCCACCGCCCGCUGAACGCGGGUCCUACGGACAGCUUGUCACUGUCUCCUGCUGAGCGUCGUUUUUCCCCGCAGUACUUUAGGGCGCUGGUUCAGGGAAACGCGCGGCAUCUUUCUAUAUGCGAUAGUCCCUCCCUGGGUCAGCAACAGCAGCAGCGGCAGGAAACGAAACCCUCCGGUGCCUCGCGGCAGGGCUGGAUGUCCUCCAAUCUACGGAGCAAGCGAGUGGUACACGCUGGCAGCGAGGAGGAAGAGGAAGAAGCGACUGAUUUGCCCGACGGAGUGAAUGCCAGCGUGGCUGAGUCCAUGAGAGGGGAGGAGGUGAAUGUUGGCGGGGAAGGUGUUAGUGACCAUGGUGGGUACUACAAACACUACUUUAGGGAAAUUCAAAAGCUUGGCAAUGGAACGUUUGGUGGGGUGUACCUCUGCCAGCACGUCAUGGAGGGUGUCGCGCUCGGGUACUUUGCGUUGAAGAAGAUUCCCGUUGGCGACAAUGUGGAGUAUCUGCAGAAGGUACUGCGUGAGGUCCGCAUCCUGGAGGAGGUCAAGCAGCACCCCAACGUCGUGGAGUACAACCACAGUUGGGUUGAUGUUGCGCAGCUAGCCGACUUUGGUCCACCCGUGCGGUGUCUAUUUAUUCUCAUGGAAUACGCCACCUUGGGGUCGCUGGACUCGUAUCUUGAACGGCACGGCACAGCGCUGCCGACGAUUGCCGUCUGGUACUUUUUCCUCUCCGCCCUGGUUGGAAUCGUUCACCUGCACAAAAAGAAUAUUCUGCAUCGCGACCUCAAGCCGCAGAAUCUGCUUCUUACAGGAGCGCCUGAGAAACCCCCACGGGUCCUUGUCAGUGACUUUGGAACCGCCACCCUCCUCGGUGAGCUGUCGUACGAGCGGACGGGUGGGACGGGGACUGUGGAGUACAUGGCCCCCGAACUCUUUGAGUGUGCCGUGGAGAAUAGUGGGGCGUACAUCCACACACACACCAAGGCGUCGGAUGUGUGGUCGCUGGGGAUGAUUCUGCACUACCUUGCCUGUAACGGGACACUGCCGGCGCGUCUGCCCAACGGAGCGGUGGUGUUAAGCGUAGAGGAGGCUGCCCCGUUUGUCCGGCCUCCGGAGAUGAUAGAACUCAUUCGUGCCAUGCUGCAUCGCAAUCCAGAGAAACGUCCCACCUGUAACGAGUUGCUGAACUCCACCGUCGUGCAAACGAUUUUGCGCAGCUUUGAGAAGGCACGCCAUUUCACGGAUAUUCUUCCCACAGCCGCAGUUGCUACCGCCAGAAAGCCACACUCGUUGCGUGGAAGGAAGCGGGAUACUGCAGGACACUCAAUUCAUCUACACCAUGGAGUCCAUGACUCCCGUACUGCACGAUCCAACGCUUGGACCGUUCCGCACGAUAAUGAUGAGGAAGAGGUGUUGCAGCAGCCACAAUCACCAGUGGUGGAAGUGCCGCUAAUGCUGCAGUACAAAACGAUGGAGUCGAGGUAUAAUAUUACGUCUACUGGGGCGCGUGGGGUUUACAAAGGAAGAAGAGUGACUAUGGUGGAUCGAGCCGUGCAGACGGAUUACGUCAAAAUUGUCUACGAAUGA